AUGGAAAGCUGGCUGAUGGUGCUCCGGCAGCGUCCAAUCCUGUAUGUAGCUGUCUUCUCCCUGGUCUUCAGAGUGAUCCACCGGCUGCUACAGUACCUUCCCAGACCCACUGCGGUGGACCGGCAUCCCUGGAGGACAUGGAAGUGGAAGAACCUCUCAGUGUCACUGGUACACUCCCUACUGACUGGAACUUGGGCCAUUGCUUGUGUGGUCCAGUAUCCAGUGAUGGUGCAUGAGAUGUACUCCACUUUCACUCCUCUCUCAUACCUUCUCGUCAUCGUCUCCUCAGGGUACUUCAUCCAGGAUGCGGGUGACAUCAUCCUCAGUGGAUUUGUCAGAGAAUCAUGGGAAUUUCUGCUUCAUCAUGUUUUAGUGAUUUGGUGUUUCAUGUAUGCUUUGCUCACGAGUCACUAUGUGGCAGGGGCAGUGGUGGCACUCUUCGUCGAGGUGAACAGCGUAUUUCUACACACACGGUUACUGCUAAAACUGGCUGACGUAGCCUCAAAUUCUAGCAUCUUUGUCAUCAACAAACUGCUGAACGUCGUAACUUACGUAACCUUUCGCUUGGGAGCACAGUUUUUCAUCACUUGGUACAUCAUACAGAAUUACUCUUGGUUGGACCACGCUCUGUACUUUUUAGUGACGAUGAUUCUUAUGAACAUUAUGAUCCUCAUCUAUUUCUAUAGACUUCUGCGAGCUGACUUCUUCAGCAAGCAUAGCAGACAAAAUGGCAUGCAUAAACUUGUCAAGGAUUAA